CCUAGCAACAAUGCAACGUCCCCUCCUUCUCGCCACGUCCUUCCUGUGGCAAGCACGCCACGAAGGUACCGCCAGUGGCCUGAGCGUGUGAACGAGAUCCAUCCAGAUCUCAGCGCUCCACACGUCCUGACCUCCCUUGCUUUCCAUAUCUCCAGGAUAGCCGAGUCGCUCAAAAGGAUGAGGCUCAUUAAUAAGCACGUGCUGCAUGACUUGUACCGUUCGGAUCAAACGACGUCGACAAUCUUCACCAAACAGCAUCUAAGCAGACUUGCCUUCUCGAGUAUUGAUUUUUACGUGAUUCUUGAUAACCCUACGUGGUCAUACAACGACCAUCCAUUCAUGCCUUUGUCGCCUAGCCGUGGUUUGCUGAUCAGAUCGUCGUUCCGAACAAAGGCCCCCAUCAUGGCCCACAGUAGCACCAGCGCCAGCACCAGAACCAGCCCGUUACCCCCACUCCCGUUACCCGACGGAAUCGCCUCCAAUUACGUCUCCUGCCCCAUUGUCGACCUUACCUUCCACUAUCUGGAGGCUGGUUACGAUCCUUCUCGUUCCAAACCGCUGAUCCUGCUCCUUCAUGGCUACCCAGAGCUCGCCUUCUCCUGGCGCAAGAUCAUGCCCGCCCUCGCCUCGGCGGGCUACCACGUCGUUGCGCCAGACCAGCGGGGAUUCGGACGCACGACCGGAUGGGACGACCGGCCCUACGCCGAGUGCGACCUGUCCGGCUUUACCAUGACACGGCUCGUGCGCGACAUCGUCGUGUUCGUGUCCGCCCUGGGUCACAGGGAGGUGCACUGCGUGGUGGGCCACGACUUCGGCGCCGUAAGCGCGGGCUCGUGUGCGCUGUUCCGGCCGGACAUAUUCAAGGCACUGGUCCUGAUGUCGCACCCGUGGAAGGCGAUUCCCAACCCUCCUUUUGCAACGGCACGCCAGCGCGAUCCGAGCGGCCACGACAGUUCGGGCAUCGUGGGGACGGACGUGACGAGCGAGCUUGCCGCGCUUGAUCCGCCGCGCAAGCAUUACAAGUGGUACCACUCGUCCGCUCCCGCCGCGCAGGACAUGCUCUCGGCGCCGCAAGGUCUGAAGGCCUUCCUGCGCGGAUACUUCCACGUCAAGUCCGCCGAUUACAGCCGCAACGACCCUCAGCCGCUCAAGGCGUGGACCGCCCAGGAGCUGGCCAAGAUGCCGGAGUACUACAUCAUGCCGCGGGAUCUAACCAUGCCUCAGACCGUAGCCUCCAUGAUGGCCACCGAGGACGCCUCCAAAACCCUGCGUUGGCUGCCCGAACCCGACCUGGACGUGUACGUCCAGGAGUGGGGCCGCACCGGCUUCCAGGGCGGGCUGAACUGGUACCGCGCGCAGACGGACGCGAGGCAGUCCGCCGACGUGCUGCUCUUCACCGGCAAGACGAUUGAGGUGCCGUGCAAGUUCGUGAGCGGCAGGCAGGACUGGGGCAACUACCAGCAGCCCGGGGCGAUCGAGAAGAUGGGCGACGUGUGCACGGAUUUCCGGGGCGUCAAGUUCGUGGAGGGAGCGGGGCACUGGCCGCAGCAGGAGCAGCCAGCCGCGGUCGCGGAGGAGAUUCUGGAGUUUGUGAAGGGGCUGUGAGCUGCAGGCUUGUAGGUGAUGCGAGACAGGAGGCUACGAACGAUGGGGCGAUGGAGCGCACGGCUCGACGACGAGACCUUGGGCUGUGCGGUUUUCAUACGGUCCACGAAACGACCCGCUGACAAUCAGGGCUUUCUGGCAGCUAUUGGGGGUGAAGCAACGGGGCAAUGCAUUCGGAUUCGCAACGCAACAGCCGAGAAAGCGUUGGCUGAACAGCGCGGAGGAUGGCAGGGUGAGAGGGAGAGAAGGAAGGGAAGGGAGGAGCACGAGAUGAGCUCGCCCAAAGUGAAAUAUCUACGCAUCGAUUAUGUAGCAAAGCAUCUUGACGCAGACAGUCUUUCGAACCAGG